CGCUGCAUUGGGGUGGGGCGGACGACUGCGGCAAAUUUCGGAAGUGCAUACUGAAGGGAAGAAGACAUUGGCGAGGAACACUGGCGUGCACCAUCGGCGGUUCACAAGCACGCUUUAGCAUAAUCUCCAUCAAUGAUGAUGGAACCACCAAAAUGAUUGGGUGGAGCACCUAAUCCCAACAGCCAUUGACAAAAAUCGCCACGUUAGCACAAGCAUGAUCCAAUGUUUUUUGAAAAAUGCGAUUAGCGAUUAGCGAAUAGUGAUUACGAGUCUCUGGCCCCCGCCCACGCCCCCCCCCCCAAAAAAAGAAACAAAAAAAAAAGGGAGAAUCGCGAUUACUUUUUUUUUUUUUUUUUGGGGAACCACGAUUCCUAGACUCAAUUAACGGAGGAGCGAGAAUAAUCACGCUGCCGCUGUUCGACUCGUCGGAUAUCACAAACGAAUCACUUUUUGGCGGUGAAAGUUGUCAUUUUGAGCUUGUUUUGAUUCAUCGAUUUAUUUGGAGCGACGGCGAUCUCAGAUUCAAAUCUUCAAAUCUCUGCCCUUUUCGAAGAAAGAGAGAUAAAGUGGGCAAUGGUGGGAUGAGGAUAAAGAAGAAGAAGGGCAAGCGACAGGGCUAUGGCGAGAAUUGAGUGGGCUCUUCAAGGAAGAGGAAAGUGGGUUUGUUCGUACAAGAAAACCACCAUCAUAGUUUGCUUUUUCAACAUUGCGAUUGCUCUCUACUUUCUUCGCACUCUUUAUGCCUCUCUUUAUAUCUACUCCGGAAACGUUUCGCGAAACAUUGUCCCUUAUACCUCGGAUCAGAUUCAGAAAAUGGAAGAAUCAAUCCGAAUCCGUAAGGCAUAUAGACCCCAGGAGCUGGUUAAAUGGGUGAAGGCACUAGAAGGGGAGUUAUCAAGGGAUGAGAGGGCGUCUCAGUUGCCUCAGCAUUUAAGACAGAAAAUAACGGAUGAUAUAUUGCAGAGGUUGAGGAGCUUGAAUUCUAGCGGCACGAACACUACCCAGAAAGUUGCCCUGGAGCGAGAAGCAGUUGAAAGUUGGCGUGAGGAAAAACUGAAAGAAGUUAAGUUGGCUCUUGUGAGAUCGACUUCUAACUCAACCAUUGCUCGUAAAGAGGCAGGGGUGCUAGCAAGAGCUCUGGAGUCCGAUUGGCCUGUGCUUUCUGAAGAAAUUGGCCUCUGGAUGCCUAUUGAAGUUGCUAAUGAAGAACAUGAUGAUAAACCUGAGGAUGAAGUAGAUUUUGAGGAGGAAAUUCUUCCUGGCAGGCCCAUGCCUCCAGAGUGCCAUGCUGAACUUCACACAGAUUAUGAUGGCGUGGCAGUAAAAUGGGGUCUUACCCAUCACAAAGAUAGUGCAGCUGAUUGCUGUCAGGCUUGCUUGGACCAAGCAAGAAAUGCCAAACAAGGUGAACGGAAAUGUAAUAUUUGGGUUUAUUGCCCAUCUGAGUUUGGCUGUCAUUCUCCAGAUAUCUAUCAGCACAAACAUCAAGAAUGCUGGCUGAAAUAUGCUGAGAAGCCACGACUAAAUUUUAAGGAUAAGUAUCCUGAAUCAUACCGAAAUUCCCACCCAUCGGCACCAGUGAUCGUUCCAUGGGCGUCUGGAGUGGUGGGGGCAUGAGUUGAUCAACCAACACUGAAGGUAUUAUGAUAAACCGGAGUCACUCUGUGGACUACAAGCACAGAAAGCUAUCAGGCAAAGCUUUUAUCAUGCAUGCCUGCGAUCACACUUCUAUUCUUCAUCACGUUCUUUGUUAAAGAAUGAAAUAGGAUAAGAUACUUUCUGUCCCUUCCACUGGUACUAUAUAUUGGACGGUUUGGAGGGUGGGGGAAUCAUUAAGAAAAUGAUGGUUAUUUGGGGUUAGACACGAUUUUUGACAGGCACACCUCUUCAGUGCAUGGAUAUUCUUCCAAGGCCGGUCUAGCACUGGGGCAAGGUGACUUGACCGAUUAGGAAAGUUGUUCUGUUGUGAAUUCUUGAUGGUGAUGUUGAUGGGGAACUUGUUAGGAUGGAAUAUGCACUACCUAAGCUAAGUGCACUAUAGAAGUGAGUAUUCAUGUUUAGUGAACUUCACCUUUUGACAUAUUUCGCACGACCAUUUUUCACUGGUUUAGUGCGCCUCUCUCUGUUUUUUGGACUGGGUUUAGUGCACCUCACUUAACCGGGCAUAAGAAUGAAUCAUCAUUUAUGCGUGAAUUAUGUUUUCUUUUCUGAUGAUCCCUCCUCACCAAGAAUUCUGUAAUCCAGUCUAUUAUAGCGACCAGACUUACGGUCAUCUGCUUCUCCGAAGCAUAGUUGAAGGAGAAUUUUAAAGCUAUGGUUUUGCCGACAUUUUUCAUA